AUGGCAAAUCAGAUGGCAAUUAUGGGCGGCGGAGGGGGCGAUCCCCGCUUGAGUAUGGGAGAGGGCCAGGUUCCAAUUCCAGCACCUGUUCGCCAUAAACUCCACGAUCCAAAUGUCCAGAUCGAGGAGUAUUUCUACUAUGCCCGAAUUCAGCGUGCCCAAGAACGACAGGGUCUUGGACCCGUCGAGCGUGGUCGCAUUGCCAACGGUGAAGAUGUCUCGACAACUGGAUCUGAGGUCAUUGUUGGUGGUGAUGAGAAGACGGACGAAAAGAGACCAGAUCUUCCUCGUACUGCCACCAACAUUGUCACUCCCCAGGAAUGGGAGAAUGCAUCUCGUGCUGCCAGAAACGCUACUUGGCCUUCGAUUGUCUACCUCAUCACAACCGAUAUUCUUGGUCCCUCCAAUGCCCCAUGGGCAAUCUCUCAGUUCGGUUAUGUCGGUGGUGUCAUGACCUAUACCUUCAUGGGUAUUAUGGCCUUCUACGCCGGCUGGAUGAUCUGGCGUAUGUUCCUCAAGCUUGAUUCCGACAAAUACCCCAUGAGAACAUUCGGUGACAUGGGUUUCCGUAUCUAUGGCAAAGAGACCCGUCACGGCAUGAACAUUCUCCAAUCCAUCCAACUGCUCUUCAACGUCGGUGUCAUCAUCAUCGUCAACGGCCAAUCGCUCUCCCAGAUGUCCAAGUUCAAACUCUGCUUCAUGGUCUGCAUUCUCAUCUGGCCUAUCUGCGGUUUGAUUGUCGGUCAGAUUCGUACUCUGGCGAAAUUCGGAUGGAUUGCCAAUUUCGCUAUCUGGCUGAACGUUAUUUGGAUUUUCAUGACGAUUGGUGUUGCUGCCAACUCACCACCCAACUAUGCUGCUGCAUUGGCAACAUUCAAUACUCCUCAAGGCCCAAUUCAGCACACCGUCUGGAUUCCAAGUGGAUCAACUUUCGACUCCCAGCUUGGCGCUGCUAUGCAAAUCGUCUAUGCUUAUGGUGGUGCAAUGUUGUACUGCGAAUUUAUGGCUGAAAUGCGUCGUCCCUUCGACUUCAUCAAGGCUCAAUUCGUCGCUGAAAUCUUCAUCUACGUCUGCUACCUCAUGUUUGGCCUCGUCCUCUACUCUCAACAAGGUCAAUUCACCUACAACCCGGCUAACCAAGGUCUCUCACCCUACACCUGGCAAACCGUCACCAACGCCAUCAACCUGGUCUCCGGCCUGAUCGCAGGCGUGCUUUACGGCAACAUCGGCAUCAAAGUCAUCUACCAAAACAUCGUACAGGACUUACUCGGUGGCCCCGAGUUGACCACCAAGAGAGGCAAGAUGCUCUGGGUCGGCAUGGUCCCCAUCUACUGGGCCAUCGCCUUCAUCAUCGGCUCCGCCAUCCCGCAGUUCACCAACGUCUCCUCCAUGGUGGCCGCGACCUGCAUCAUGCAGUUCACCUACACCUUCCCCGCCAUCCUGUACGUCGGCAUCAAAGUCCAAGAAGACGCCAUCCACCCGGACGAGACGUUCGAUCCGGCUACCGGACAGGUGCAUCGUAUCGAUAGCUGGAGACAGUGGAGCAGGUGGAGGAGAGGCAUCUUUGGGAAACAGUGGUAUUUGAAGACGUUUAAUUUCUUGUUCUUCUUGGCGAGUUUGACGACCGCGGCGUUGGGUAUGUAUGCCAGUGGUACCGGAUUGAGAGAGGAUUUCGAGACGGGCACGAGUACUAGUUUUUCGUGUAAGAGUCCGUUGCAGUAG